UAAUAUUUCUGCAUCUCAAUAUCCAAUCUCAGUCUUCAAUAAACAGAUCAAUACUAUAUUACACAUUCAUAUACUACUGUCAACAUGCAGGUCACCAAAUCUCUCCUGGCAGUCUUCCUGCUCCUCGGCUCCAACACCUUAGCCGCACCUACCGCCGAGGCGGUUGUACCUCUUGAUGAGCGCACUGCCCUCGAGCAGCCCGAAGCCAACAUCGAGGCUAGAGAAGGCCCCGGCUACCACGGGGAAGACGACGACGGGAAAGACCUCAAAUACAAGGCGUCGUGGCGCGGCGGGCACCACUGGGGCCCAGACCACAGCCACCACCCGCACCACCACGAGCACGGGGACGUCGACGGCAAGGCCAAGGACCAUACCCGCCGCCCUCAGCCGUGGCCGCGAGGAGAGGAGCACCAUAGGGAAAAGCACUAUGGAGAAGAGGGAGGUUACGGUUACGGUGGAUACGGUGGCGGCUAUGGCGGCGGCUAUGGCGGACGCGGUGGUGGUUGGGGAGAGAAGAGGAACGAGGGCAAGAAUGAGGGCGAGAAAGAGGGAGAGGGAGAGUACAAUCACGGUUACGAGGGUGGCUAUGGUGGUGGCUAUGGUGGUGGUGGUGGUGGUAAGAAGGAGUAAGUUAGGUUGAUGAGUGUACGAGUGUACGGGUGUAUGACUAUGGGUAUUUGGAAAAUUGGAAAAACCCAAUGGGAUCAAGGACGAUUAGGCGGGAUGAUUGAUGACGGAUAUGCCAUGGUCAUGGUUCCUUUUUUUACUAUAUGUACAAUAACGUUUCGUUUCUCUAAUGGGUUUUCUAGCUCAAAAGAUCCGAAGUUGAUUGAUUAUUCUGUUAUAA